AUGGAGACAUCAGCCAUGAAUACUCCGUCGACAGAAGGUGACAAUACCUCAAAUUACCAUGCCAUUCAAGCCAAAAACGUCAUACAGCUUGAGCUAGACGACUCCAGAUCUGGCCUCAGCCAGGAACGGCAAUCAAUUCUGAGAUCUGCACUCCAGCUGGUGACCGAUAUUGCUGCUAGUGAACGUCACCAAGGCGAUGCACUUGCAGAGAACGAGUCAUUGGACGACGGACUUGCUGUUCCAGAAUCACCUCCUCGUGAGAUGCUGUUCAUGCUGCUUCGAGGUCCGAUGGAGUCGCCGGGCGAUGAGUGGCCAGACCACAUUUCGGACAAGGCAUAUGAGCGGAUGGUGACAGCUCUGCUGCAAAAUGAUCUCGAUCGCAAUGGACGGCUUUUCCAUCAGUAUUCCAUCUGUGUCUAUGUCAAGGCAGUCGAUCGUUUAUUUCGGAUUUCCCGCACCAUUGACAACCAGGCUAUCAGACGCGAGCUUUCACAGUCCAGGAGAAUUUAUACGCGCGCAGCGAUCAAGAGUAUUAGCCAGUUUAACCUGCUCCAUUGGCCCGAUCUGCUGUCCAUACAGUCGCUGAUUUCAAGUGCUCUGCUCAUGCAGCAUUUAGGAAGAUUCAACCAGUGCUGGCUCAUGAUUUCAUACGCGGCGCGGCAGAUUACUGCCUUGAACUACCACAAGAUUAAUAACACGCAGCCCAGUACACAAGCCGAGGAGGAUAUUCACAGUGCCGUUUACUGGUGCUAUUAUCUUGAUCGAACGUUAAGUGCUCUUCUUGGCCGUCCCGUUUCUCUGCCGGACCUUGAUGUCUCGCCUGUUGACCUGAUUACCUUGGAUCCGUCUUCGCCAUACGGUAGCCUCUUUCGUGCCGUGCUUGAGCUCGCCGAGGUACAGGGAGAGCUUCACCGAGUAUCCUGCUGCAGCGAUAAUAGCGCGAUUGUUGAGACAUGUCAGGCUCUCGAGACAAAAAUGCACAAUAUUCUUCCCGCAUUACAGACAAUUGCUAAGAUUUGCGCCCAGGGCCGCCAUGCACUUACCAAAAUGGUGCAAUACGACCGCGUCGCCUUUGACUUCUGCUACUACGCAAUCUUCGUGGAAGUACAGCGAACACGCUUGAAGAGCUUUUUUACCCCUUUGAUACACAGACAAUGUCUCCUAAAUGCCCGAAAAUGCCUCCAAGCGUUCCAGUUUCUCCAGCAGCAUCAAGAUCCAGCGGAGCCGUCGGGGUUUGGCGACGCAUAUCCAUCAUUUUUGACAUGCGCAUUCUUCGUCGUCUUCUGCAAUAUCAUCGCGACCCUAGACCAUAACGACUACAGGCUCAUACGAAGCAUCAUCGAGGACCUGUCGCGGUUCAAUCAAGACCCGCACCUAGAAAAGCUGCUGAGCUUGUUGCGCUCUUUAGAGAGGCUAUGUGAGCCGUUAUUCCUGGAGAAUCACAGCGCCGGUCCAGCAAGACAAGGCCCUCCCGUACAGCAGGAGACUUCUGUCACUUUUCAAACUGAGGCUCAGACCAGUAGCGGGAUUACAACGGAUAUACCUCAGACCUACCCCCUUGACGAUACCGGUAUGGGUUCAUUGAAUCAUGAACCGAUUCCGCUCCAAAAUACCGGGCUCAGCUUCCCUGUCAAUGAACUCAUGUGGCAGCUCUUCAAUAGCGAAGUUCCUGCUGGCUGGUUGGCUGCAAAUAUGUAUCCCUUCAAUGGCUGA